UUCCCCCCUUCUCCUCUCUCUCUCUCUCUCUCUCUCUCUCUCUCUCUCUCUCAAGUAGCCAACUUGGAAGAGGAAAAAAGGAAGAAGAGGAGGGUGGAGAACGAAAGCAAAAGAUCCAAAUUAAUGGUGGGUUCCCCUUUUCCCACUCUCUCCUUCAUCUUUUCCUCUCCCCUUUUGAACUUCUUCCUCCUCCUCACUUUAUUUCUUCUUUUUUGAUCAACUGGAGUUCACAUAUAAUUCUCGCCUUCACUCUUAAGCUAACACCACCCCUAGCCCCAAGCCGCUUUACCAUUACAACAACAAAUGGUACCCGUUGAAAUCUCCCUUUCUUUCUUUCCUUUCCUUCCUGUUCGCCGCCGCCCUUUUCUUUUUUCCCCAGUCGAUGAUGGAUGAUCUCUUCAAUUUCUGCCAUGAGGAAGAAUUGGAAGCGGCGGGGAGAUGGGAAGGGUAUGUGGAUUGGAGGAACAGGCCUGCGAUUCGAGGCCGCCAUGGCGGCAUGAUGGCUGCUUCCUUUGUUCUCGUUGUGGAGGUGCUGGAGAACCUGGCGUACCUGGCGAACGCGAGCAACUUGGUGAUGUACAUGUCAGAGUACAUGCACUUUUCGCCCUCCAAAUCGGCAAAUAAUGUCACCAACUUCAUGGGCACGUCUUUCCUUUUGGCCCUCCUCGGUGGCUUCCUUUCCGACGCUUUCCUCACCGCCUAUCAGAUCUACCUCCUAAGUGCCGCCGUUGAAUUCCUGGGUUUGGUGAUCCUUACAAUCCAAGCUAGGUCACCAUCACUACAACCACCAACAUGCACCCCAGGAAGCAACUCGUGCGAGACGGUCCACGGAGGGCAAGCUGCCAUGCUCUUCAUCGGCCUCUACUUAGUCGCCCUCGGAGUCGGCGGGAUCAAAGGCUCGCUCCCUCCACACGGCGCCGAGCAGUUCGACGACAACACGCCUAAGGGAAGGAAGCAGAGAUCCACCUUCUUCAACUACUUCGUCUUCUGCCUCUCCACCGGCGCCCUAAUCGCCGUCACGUUCGUGGUCUGGGUCGAAGACAACAAAGGUUGGGAAUGGGGGUUUGGCAUCUCCACCAUUGCCAUCUUCCUCUCCAUCCCAAUCUUCCUUUCUGGCUCCUUUACCUACAGAAACAAAAUCCCCUCCGGCUCCCCUCUCACCACCAUUUCCAAAGUUUUGAUUGCAGCAUCAAUCAACCGAUCACCACAACAACAACAACAAGCAUUAUCAACAACAACAAAGGAAUCAACAACAACUGAAAAUGGAGCUAGCCAUCCCAAUCCCAAUCCCAAUCCCAAUCCAAACCCUAAUCCGGAAACCCUAACAAAGAGCCUCAGCUGCCUGAACACCGCCGUGAUGAGCAAGCCUUUCCAAUGCACGAUCCAACAAGUGGAAGACGUGAAGGUGGUGAUCAAAGUCCUCCCCAUCUUCGCCUGCACCAUCAUGCUCAACUGCUGCCUCGCCCAGCUCUCCACCUUCUCCGUCCAGCAAGCCGCCACCAUGACCACCAAGCUCGGCUCCUUAAAAGUCCCGCCGGCUUCCUUACCAAUCUUCCCCGUCGUCUUCAUCAUGAUCCUCGCCCCGAUCUACGACCACUUCAUCAUCCCCUUCGCCAGGCGACUCACCAAGUCCGAGACGGGCAUCACCCACCUCCAGCGAAUCGGGGUCGGGCUGUUCCUCUCCAUCGUCGCCAUGGCCACCGCCGCACUCGUGGAGAUCAAGAGGAAGAGAGUCGUCGCCGCCGUCGCCGCCACCAUCGACGACAAAGAGCCGCUGCCGAUCACUUUCUUCUGGAUAGCGUUUCAGUACUUGUUCUUGGGUUCGGCGGAUCUCUUCACGCUGGCGGGGCUGUUGGAGUUCUUCUUCUCCGAGGCGCCCGCGAGCAUGAGGUCGCUGGCCACGUCGCUGUCGUGGGCUUCUCUGGCGAUGGGGUACUACCUGAGCUCGGUGAUCGUGUCGGUGGUGAACGACGUGACUAGGUUGUCGGAUCACAAGCCGUGGCUGUCGGGAGGGAACAUCGACCACUAUCGCUUGGAGAGAUUCUACUGGCUUAUGUGCGUGCUGAGUGUCUUGAACUUCUUGCACUACCUACUCUGGGCUUGUCGCUACAAGUACAGAUCAGUAUCGUUGUUGUUGUCGUCGUCGUCGCCGUCAACAUAA